AUGUUUAAACAUUUUGACAAAGCGACAGAAAUCUUCUUUCUGAUCGUUGAUAAGACUUUUCAAACAUUUGAAAUUAAUGAUUUUCUUUCUUUUGUUCGUUUGAUAUCUAUCUAUCUAUCUAUAUAUCUAUCUAUCUAUCUAUCUAUCUAUCUAUCUAUCUAUCUAUCUAUCUAUCUAUCCAAUGAAAUUUCUUUUCUUUCUUUCUUUCUUUCUUUCUUUCUUUCUUUCUUUCUUUCUUUCUUUCUUUCUUUCUUUCUUUUGUUCGUUCGUUCUAAAUAUCUUGCAGAGUAUUCAUAUCUAUCUAUCUAUCUAUCUAUCUAUCUAUCUAUCUAUCUAUCUAUCUAUCUAUCUAUCUAUGUUGAUGAUGCAUACAAUGUGCGCUUUGAAUAUUCCUCGACACAAGCCGUUACUGCUGUUCACUCUCACUCACUCUGUUAUUUAGUCAAUCGUUCCCCUCCCCUUCAGAUAACACUUGUACAGCUUAUACGAUUGACCACAUAUCUAUCAAUGACGUUGCAUAACUUAAUAUUUGUAUCUCAUUGUAACAAACUCUAUCUAUCUAUCUAUCUAUCUAUCUAUCUUGCUGAGUAUUCAUAUCUAUCUAUCUAUCUAUCUAUCUAUCUAUCUAUCUUGCUGAGUAUUCAUAUCUAUCUAUCUAUCUAUCUAUCUAUGUUGACUGAUCAGUCCUCAUGCGAUGCUGUUAUUUUAUGUCCGCCAUCUAUCUAUCUAUCUAUCUAUCUAUCUAUCUAUCUAUCUAUCUAUCUAUCUAUCUAUCUAUAUACGAAUAUAUAUAAACUAAUGCAAAUAUAUACGCGAAUAUUAAAUGUUACCGCUAUCUAUCUAUCUAUCUAUCUAUCUAUCUAUCUAUCUAUCUAUCUAUCUAUCUAUCUAUUUUUGAAUAUGUAG